UUCGUUUUCAUUCCAGGUCACAUUUCCUCCUUGCUUAGCAUGUCGCUGCUUUUGUUGGACGAAACAGCGGGGGACCUGCCAGUCCGAGACACUAACCAGAAGCCAUCAGUGAUAGCAGCCAUACAAGAUGUAUCGUCUUCCGCUAUUCUCCCCAUGAAAUCCCAUGGACUGAAAAUGUGGAUGAAAGGAUCAGGCUCGUUGGCAAGGACUAGGCGCCAGAUCAACCGGGUGAGCCGCACAGAGCUGGAGGAUGGUUUUCUACGACUUCAUGAUGAAAAUUUGCUGCUCAAAGAGUUCGCCCGGAAGCAAGAGGACAGGAUCAAAAGGAUGGGCACCAAACUAUCGAGGCUCAGUCACGAGCGAGCACAAGUCGACGUGAGACCCGGCAGCUGGUUCCGAAGCUCUGGCCGGAACCUAGAUCUCGAGGAGGACCUGGAAGUGAUGCAGGAACGGGUCCGGGACCUGGAGAAGCGUAACGAGGGGCUGAGGAACCGCCUGCUCUUCUACAAGCAGCAGCUGCAGCUGCAGGGCUGUGGCCGACAUUGUCCAUACGGCUAUGUCUCUCCCAGGGUCGACACAGGACUUCGUCGAGCACACACCGCUGCUGGACGAGUUCCUGAGAGACUACGAAAAGGGAUGCGGGUGCACGGGCCAGCGGUCAGACCAACUCACACAGCCCCUCCCAGAUACGGGGAUCAUGUCCUGGAGGGAUCCCGAGCGGAAACGGAGAGACUAACCCACAGCCUGGUGCUGGCAGAGUUAUUUAUUUCAGCUGAAGCUUCCGGACCGUUUUCAAAGGCAACCGACCCAGAAAGCAUCCGGUCCCAACAACGUCACCUGGAGGCCCAGGGACGCCGAGCUGCCAUCCAGGACAAUGUUGCAUUGAUCCGGCUGCAGAAGCUUUUAAGGGCCAAGAAUUCAGAAUUGGUGGUAACCAAAGCCCAGUUUACUGGCUUACGAGAAGCUUACGAGACUCAGCUCCAGCAGAACCAAGAGGCAUUGAGGACAGCUAGCGAGGCCUUGCUGGCUCAGGUUGAAGAGCUCAGUGCCCUCCUGAAGGAAGAGAACCAGAAGGUGGUAGCACUGGAGAGUCAACUGGAGAUCCUUUCUCCAUUGCAAAGGACCCUGAAAGAUUUUCAGGAGAGAGUCCGGGACCUGGAGACAGAGCGAGAUUUGCUGAAGGUGGAUUAUGAUAAAUUGUUGGAGAGCUGCAUGAACGCUGCUCAGCAAAACCUGGACGAGGUGCCCCAGAAGGACAACAUCCCUUGCUUGGAAGAACAACUCAGCUCAGCCAUAGCAGAGAAGAAAAAGCUUGAAGAGCAGUUGGAAAAGGAAAUUGGUCGGAAUGAGGAAUUGAAACAGGAAGUGAGCCAGCUAUUGCUGGCACAGUCCCAGGAAGUUGACUCCUCGCAGGAGAAGGUGGCCAUCUUGGAAAAGCAGACUAAAGAGGGAGAACUCCAAUCCAGACUAAUCCAGCCCCUGUACAUAGAAAGACUCGAGCAAGAGACUGAGAAUGAAGAGGCGUCUGCCCAACGGAGCCUGAAGCGGAAGCUGCACGAGACAGAGGCCGCCCAUGCCGAGACAGUUCUGGAGCUGGAGAAGACCCGAGACAUGCUCAUUUUGCAACAUCGCAUCAACCGGGACUACCAGGCGGAACUGGAGGGGGCGACGCUGCAGGCCGGGCGGGAGAAGCAGGAGUACGAGGAGAAGCAGCAGCAGAUGGCUCGGCUUUUGGACCUACGUAGUGCCCGCAUCCACCAUCUGGAAGAGCAGUUGAAGGACGUGGCAUACGGAACCAGAGCGCUCCCAUUUCUACCCAGUGAGGGCGACCCGUCCGUGAAAGCAGACCCUGACAAGACCCCGCGACUGCGGCGUGGGGAGAACGUCUUCGAGCUGCACAUCUCUGGUGUGGUGCUAUCGGCCGAGGCGCUGCGGCUUCUGGGGGACCCGGAGCCCCUCACCUUCUGCACGUACUCUUUCUACGACUUCGAGACCCACUGCACGCCAGUGGUGUGCGGCCCCCGGCCCCGCUACAACUUCACCUCCCAGUACGUGGUACGGGCCGAGCCUUUAUUCCUGCAAUACUUGCAAGGGGCCACGUCUCGGCUCGACCUCCACUUGGCCUCCGCCGUUGACCACACCACCCUGGCCUCCUGCUGGUUGCGUUUCGGCGAAGCGCUGGGCAGCGGUGAACAAGUACAUGCCACGGCGGUGUUGCACGGUGCCAGUGGUGAGGAUUACGGCCUUCUGGAAUACUGGGUGAGGCUUCGCUUCCCAACAGAGCAGAUUCUGAGGCUGUACCGGCAGCGAGCCAAAGCCCUGGGCUACCUUUCUGCUGGAGUGCCACGAGCCACGGUGGCCCGACGGGACUGGCGACUGCAAGACGAGGGGGUCCCGGGCGCAGGCUGGAACGAGUGCUGCGUGCGCAUCGAAGGCUGUGCUGGCUUGCGGAGUCGCUGGCUCAGCUCACAGCCCAGUCCCUACGCCAUGUACCAGUUCUUCACUUUCCCGGACCACGACACCAUUAUUGUCCCUUCGAGCAACAACCCCCAUUUUGGGGACCGGCAAGCCUUCGCUUUGCGCAUCACACCGGAGCUGCACCAUUACCUGUUCCUGGAUAGCUUGUGGGUGUAUGUCUUUGAUGAUGAGGAUGAGGAACCUGGCAGCUAUCUGGGUAAAGCCCAGAUCCCACUUCUGCCACUAGCACAGGGACGCAGCAUCACAGGAGACUUUGUCCUCAUAGACCCAGCGGGGAAACCCAACGGUUCCAUCCACCUGAGUCUUGCAUGGAAGCUUCUUUAUAUGCCUCCAGAAGGUGCCCGCCGUCCAGCAUCUGCAGACGGAGGAAGUCGGCAACGGUCCUUAGAGCGGCACAUUGAAGAAGAGCAAGCCAAGCUGCAGAGGCAGGUCCCAAGAGAAAGCCACGUUGGCCCUUUGCUUUCCAGUCGCCAGAGGAAGAAGCCACGGCUCUGUUUGCCCGAAGUGGAGAAGCGCAUCCGGAAACAUGCCACCCUGGAAAAGGAGCCCAGCCCUCCUCCAGCCGUAGCGAGUCCAACGCUGGAGCGCCUGAGAGACAUGACAAAGGAGAACGCGGAUGGAGCCAUCCAGGAGGUGGCACUGGAAGAGGUAAGAGAGGAGGAGGAGGAGGAGGAAGGAGAAACACCGGCUGAUGAAGAGGAGGCGAUAGCAGCGAGAAGCCAGGGAUCAGAGGCUGAAUCAAGCACAGCGGCAGACGUGGCCAUGAUAAAGGACACUGCCUCAGAGGAACCAGACACUGCCAGUGAAGCCCAGACCACGGAGAGCGACGAAGUGGUGGUAUCAUCAGGGCUGCAUCCAGACCCACUCCAGCAAUGGUCGUCAGACAGAAUUCGGGUGGAAAUCAUCUCCUUGAGCCUAGACCAGGAAAGCGCCCCCGUUGCUGACGAGCGCAUCCAGCAGCUCUACGUGGAGUACCAUUUCCCUGGAGUGCCCUUGGAAGAAACAGAGACCCCUUUCUCUUUGCAGAAGCCCCGGGGAAACCAGGAAAUCUACUUCCACUUCAGCAAGGUGAUCAAGCUGGACCCAGACCCAAGAAGCCUCCAGAGGCAAUUGCUGUGUUCCAUGAUGAAGUCGGAGGAGCCCCAGCAUAACUGGCUGCAGUUCGUCGUGGUGAGCGAACCUCUACCUGGGGCCGGAGGCGAGUGCGAAGAGGUGGGCUUCGCAUGCCUGGACUUGCGCGAGAUCCUUCUGAUGGGACGCGAUGUGCUAGAACAGGAGCUGCGGGUUACGAGUCCUUUUGAUCCUGACACCAAGAUCGGGAAACUGAAAGUCUCCGUGGAAGCGGCUGCUGCCCUGUGUCCCGUUUACUGGGCAGGCCAAAAGGAAAGCAGUGAGGAGGGAAGAGCAGAACGGGAAAAGCAACAGAUUCUAAAAUCAGGCCUAAAAGAUGCUCUGAGAUAUGGCAAGAAAGAAGCGAACGAAUAA